AUGAGAAUUUCAAAAUUAGUCGCUUAUACUUUAUUAGCUAUUUCAACAACUGACGCUUUAUUCUUAGAUUGGUCAAAAAUCUUUGGUCAAACUUCAAACUUACCUGCUCCUGCUCAAACUUUACCAAUUGGUCAAAUUAUUCCAACUAAUUUACCUCAAGGUAUUAAUGCUGGUUUAGAUAUUUUUAAAGCUUCAGCUAACCAAUUAAAUGAUUUAUUACAAAAAUUAAAUCCAGAACAAAUUACUGAUUUCUUUUCAAAAAUUCCAGGUGCUCAAUUUGCUUCAGUCUUAGCUAAAAUUCCAGCUCAAAUUUUACAAGAUAUUUUAUCAAAAUUUACUCCAGAACAAAUUACUGAAUUUUUCUCAAAAAUUCCUGGUGCUCAAUUAGCUGAAUUAUUAGCUAAAAUCCCACAACAAGCUUUCAAUGAUUUCUUACAAAAAUUUUCACCAGAACAAAUUGAAGCAUUCUUUAAUAAAAUUCCUGGUGGUCAAUUAGCUUCAUUAUUUGCCAAAAUUCCAGCACAAAUUUUUUCAGAUUUUUUAAAUAAAUUAUCAACUGGUCAAAUUGCAGAUUUAUUUAAUAAAGGAAUUCAAUUCCCAUUAGAUAUUUUAUCAAAAUUAGAUCCAACUAAAUUUAGUGAAAUUUUAGAAAAAAUUCCAAAACCAUUAGAUUUAUUAAAUUUAUCUAAUUUACCAGUUGAUGCAAAUGGAUUAAAAGAUUUAAUUAACAAAUUUUUGCCUUUCCAAAAGAGAGAUUUAUCAUUACCAACUGAUCCAAAAGAAUUAAAAUCAUACUUGGAAAAAGAAGUCUCAGCAGGUGCAAAUAUUGCAGCAAAUGUUUUAUCAAAUGUUUUUGGAUUUAAUGCCACUACUAUUGCUGAAUUAGGUUUAACUGGUGGUAAAUUUGGUGGUAUUGCUAAUUGGAACUCACCAAUUGCAUCAGGAUCAAUUGGUGGAGCUGCUUCAAUUUCAACAAGAGAAGUUGAAGAAAAGAGAGAUUUUGGAAUUGCUUCAGCUAUUGCUUUAAGUAUUUUACAAUUAUUGGGUGUUAGUGCUGCAUUCAAUGCUCAAAGUGUGUAG